UAACAAGUGAAAAUGUCAAGAUGAAAAAAAUUGAAAAGUCAUUCAUCGGAGACCAAUGCGUAACGCAUUUGUCUAAAUUUUUACGUCAUCCCUUAAAAUACUCGCUUGGAAAGUUUCGUUGCCUUUAAAGUGUCACAAGAUCAUCAAGCAUGUUUUUUAAACAAUCUAGAAACUUAGGUAAGGCGUUUCAGUAUUUUAUUGUAACCAGAGGAAUCAAACAAAAUGCAAAUCUAGCCAAUAGCAAUCAGUUCACUCCAGUUGAAGUAAAUGUACCAUGGGGAAAAAUAGCUGGCAAACUUUGGGGUUCUACCAAUAAACAACCCAUAUUAUCAAUCCAUGGUUGGCAAGACAAUGCGGGUACUUUUGAUAUGAUUGCUCCACUGUUGAAAAACUCUUCUGUACUAGCAAUAGACUUACCAGGGCAUGGAUGGUCUAGUUGGUUACCUCGUGGAAUUCCUUACAAUGAGGAUAUAAGUGUAGAGUGUAUUAGAAUAAUAGUGAAUCACUUCGGCUGGAACGAAGUAAAGUUAUUAGGUCAUUCGAUGGGUGGAAUUUUGUGUUUCAACUAUGCUCGACUGUACCCUGAGGAAACUAAGUUUGUGAUAAGUAUAGAUUCUCUAGCUUUUGCACCAAACAAUAUGACUAGUCACAGUCAGAGGAGAGCUCGAGCAAUAGAUAGAUUGAUAAAUUUUGAAAAAAAAAUGAUCAAUGGUCCUCCCAGCUAUCCAGAAGAAAUACUCAUUCAAAAAUGGAUAGAUGCAACGUUCUUCAGUGAUCUAGAUGUUCCAACCACCAAGGUACUAAUGAUCAGGGGAGCAAACAAAAAAGCGGAUGGUACAUACUAUUAUACUCGUGAUUUCCGUUUGACAAUCGACGGAUUUAAUUCUUGUUAUACGCAAGAGGAGAUUAAAGAGAUGGCUCAGUUGAUAACGUGCCCAUACCUCGUCAUAAAGGCAACCAAAUCUCCGUUCUACAAAAAACAAGCAUAUUGGUCUGAAGUGUCUUCUAUCCUGAAAUAUUCUAGCAAAGAUUUCCGAUCAGUUCACCUCGACGGGUCUCAUCAUCUGCACAUGAUGCAACAAGACAAGGUUGCUGAUGUAAUGAAUUCAUUUCUGGAAAAAUACGAUGUAUGAAUAUAGUAUUUGUCGAUCUAUGGUACAAUUAGGAGGUGUGAAAUUUGAACUUGAAUAUACAAUUUUAUGUAAUUGAAGUAAUUUGUUUUCAAACUUUGUUUAACAAUGUGUGUAUAUAACGUAUAACUGAAUAAUAGCAAGUAUUUUUAUUGUUAAUAAUACAUUUCGUUCAACGUCUUUCCGAAAAAUAAAAAACCGCGUCUAGACAAGUUAACGUCAAUCAUUUCAAACCGAAGUGCAUAUAUCACGACAACAGAAUCGCGCAAUGUAGAUGUAUAAUUGUGUUUAUAUUCUGCUAAUUCGCGGGCAAACAUGCGAACGAGACGAGCGCACGCGCGGCUUGGCUCCGGCCACCUAUACACGUUGCGUGCUUCAACAGCCACGCGCACACGUGCACCGAUGCAUUAUCGACAUAUUAGCCAAGCAUAUAAGCUGCGUGACGCAAGACUCGCGUGAUCCGCAUGCGAAGCCUCGCCGUGACACUGGCCAUUGCGCUCUUCGUAACUCAAAUUAUUCGCGCUGGUGCUGAUAUUUACCGACAAUUUUUUUAACGUCAGCGUCAUGAUUAACAAACCGCUGUAAAUGGUGAAUAAAACGCAAGCUCGUAAUCGGUUUGACGUUCAAGUUGGCAUUCGUGAUACAUUUGUCUCGACUACUAUUAAAAUUCGCUGCAAAAGAAAGAAAAUUGUUGGCACACCUUCGCUUGAGUACAACACUUGUUAAAAGAUCAGGAACAAAUCAAAAGUGUUGG